AUGAGUGCCACCAGUGAUUGGGUCGCAAAUUGGCUGAGGCCAGUUAAGCCAAGCCAAGCAAGAGUCUGUUCGGCUCAGCUCAGUGAAAUCCCCUAUGCUCUGACUCACUUGUUUUGGCUAACUUGGGGGCUUCAUCUCAGAAGCUGGUUGGCUUGGCUUAUGUUUGGUUUCCUCACGAGCCAGUUUGGUGUAGUUCAAAAUGGACCGAAAGAUGAAGCUGAGUCUACAAACGCGACAAAUGAAUCAGUUCUGAAGGUUGCACUUGAUCAUGGAAAGGCCUCGGGAGUUGUAAAGUCACAUGACAGGGUUGUGGUUUGCCAAAAAGUUGGGGAUGCAUCUGUGGUGAAGAUUAUUGAGCUUGAAGAUUAA